AUGUUUCAACCCAGGAUAUUUGCGCGACAAUGUCCAAGGGCAACAUGCAAUUACCUACCUAUCCUUCGAUCCUUUCCUCGCACAUACGCAACAGUCGUCAAACCGGCACAGCCCGAACUACCUGCAGCACAAGCUAUAACGGCAGGCUUUGCACCUCCUGUAUCCUCAUCAGAUAGUAGCAAUUCUACUUUUGCUAUGCGAACAUACAAGCCAAGAACACCUGGUGUCAGACAUUUAAAAAGACCUAUAAACGAUCAUUUAUGGAAAGGACGCCCAUUUUUACCUUUAACUUUUUCCAAGAAGGGUCAUGGAAAGGGAGGAAGAAAUAACAGUGGUCGAGUCACUGUUAGACAUCGAGGUGGUGGUCAUAAGAGGAGAAUUCGUACUGUGGAUUUUAUUCGAAUGACACCGGGAGUACAUACAGUGGAACGUAUUGAACACGAUCCAGGAAGAAGUGCACACAUUGCAUUACUGAACGAAGAAGCCACUGGUAAGAAGAGUUAUAUCGUUGCCGCAGAAGGCAUGAGAGCUGGAGAUAAAGUACAAAGUUAUCUAGCCGGUAUACCCAGAGAUUUAUUGGAGAGUAUGGGAGGAUUCGUAGAUCCUGGUGUGUUGGCUGCAAAGACUGCUUGGAGAGGAAACUGUUUACCAUUGCACAUGAUACCCAUUGGUACAACUGUCUACAAUGUUGGAUCCGCGAAAGGAAGAGGUGCCGUUUUCUGUAGAAGUGCAGGAACACAUGCGGUCGUGGUCACGAAAGAUGACGAGACGUCCAAUAAGGAUAAGGGGCCAAAGUUUGUCACUGUGCGAUUGCAGAGUGGUGAGGUGAGAAAAGUUAGUAUGCAUGCAUGCGCAACUGUAGGCAUUGCCAGUAAUCCUAAUCAUCAACAUCGACAACUUGGUAAAGCUGGUCGUGCAAGAUGGUUGAAUAUUCGACCAACAGUUAGAGGUCUUGCCAUGAACGCUGCCGACCAUCCACACGGAGGAGGAAGAGGUAAAUCGAAGGGUAACGUCGACCCUGUCAGUCCAUGGGGUCAACCGGCCAAAGGAGGUCACAAAACUAGAAAGGCUCGCAAACCUAACAAGUGGGUUGUAACUGCCCGCGAAAGAAAUCACGGAAAGAGAAGAACAAAGUAG